AUGGGCCGGAAAAAUGGGUGCCAUGAUGUUCACAGGUUAGCUAAAGGGGUCCUGCAGGGCAUGGCAAUGGUGAUCUCCAAUGAGUUGGCUCCGACUCAGCCCCGUGUUAAUGAGAGCUUUCUGAGGUUCUCAGUCAAGGAACUUUCUUCGCAACUGCGAUUAGACUUCGGCAGAUCUACUGUAUAUGAUGAUUGA